AUGUGGUCAUUCGCACUCCUGGCUGGCUUGUUGCCUUUGUUGAGCGCUUCAAGCCCCUUGCCUACAUCUGACCUCGACGAGAGAAACGCCAACCACCACUACAAGGUCGACCCCAAGUGCCCAUCGGGGACCACGCCCGGUUUCGAGGUGUACACGGCACGUUACGACGUCCCUGCCAAGGAAUUUUCCGCCAAGGUUGGGUCCUUCUACGACGAGGUGUGGUAUAUUGGCUUGCCGCCCAACAAGACCCGAGGUCCCGAUAACACCGUAGGCUCGAUUCGGGAGAUCGACUUUGCCGGAACCAUCCUGCACGAACAGCUGAUCAAAUUUAUCCACAAGCCUGCACUGCUCGAGCUCGAAUGGCAUCUCGUCAACGGGCCCAUCAAUGUGACCGGCGCGGUUGCCGACGACCCGCCUGACGAAAAGAUCCUCUUUGGCAGCUACACAGAGGACUUGCGCGUCGAAUCGAUCUGCGAAGACAAGGCCACCUUUAUUACCUUCACCGGUCGCUACUGCUUUGACAAGCCAGGUCCGGCUUACAAGGUAUUUGAUGUAGCACACACAUCAUCUAUCGAGGCGGUCGCAAAGGAUCUCAACGCCACACUCAUCCAAGGCAACGGCACUUGUCCGUUGUAG